AUGCAGCAAAAGCGUCCUCUAGCAUUGGAUGAUGUUUACAUAGUAGGAGCAGCCCGCACGCCCAUCGGCAGCUUUCUAGGUUGCCUGUCCGGUUUUUCGGCAACGAGCCUGGGCGCCCUGGCGAUUCGAGCGGCGCUGCAGCGCGCUGGAAUGCCCCCCGUUGAUGAGGUGUUCUUCGGCAACGUGUGUUCGGCAAACCUCGGGCAGGCGCCGGCCCGGCAGGCAGCGCUUCAGGCGGGGCUGCCGGUGAACGUCGAGUGUACAACGGUCAAUAAAGUGUGCGCAUCUGGUACGAAAUCAAUCAUUCUGGGCGCGCAAUCGAUACAGCUGCGCACCAACGAAGUAGUUGUAGCCGGCGGCGCAGAGAGCAUGAGUCAGGUUCCACAUUACAUCCCGGCAAUUCGUGGUGGACUGCGCCUCGGACAUGCGCAGCUGGUCGAUGGGAUGAUCAAGGACGGACUGUGGGACGCCAUUCAUGACAUCCACAUGGGCGAGUGCGCUGAGAUGUGCGCGGAGCGGAUGGGCAUAAGUCGCGAGGCCCAGGACGCUCAUGCCAUUGCCAGCGCGGACCGGGCGCGACGGGCGGUGGCAGAGGGGCUUGUUGACUGGGAGGUGGUGCCGGUGGAGGUGCCCAGCCAGAGUGGCGGAACUGUCCUAAUCAAGGAGGACGAGGCCAUCGCCAAAAUGAACGUGGACAAGCUGCGCAAGCUGAAGCCCUUCUUCCGGCCUCAGGGCGGCACCAUCACGGCCGGCAAUGCGUCGCCCAUCAGCGAUGGAGCGGCAGCAGUGGUGCUGGCAUCAGGGCGGGCAGUAAGGGAGCAUGGGUUGCCAGUACUGGGGCGUGUUGUUGGAUACGGGGAUGCAGCAGUCGACCCUCGCGAUUUUCCCACUGCGCCCGCGCUGGCGGUGCCAAAGGCACUGGAGCAUGCUGGUGCGUUAAUCGGUGAGAUUGACUACUGGGAAGUGAACGAGGCCUUCUCGGUUGUGGAUCUGGCCAACCGCAUGCUGCUUGACCUGGACCCGGAGAGGGUGAAUGUGUUUGGAGGCGCCGUCGCGAUGGGUCAUCCCAUUGGUGCUAGCGGUGCCCGCGUGGUUGUCCGUUUGCUUAACAUUCUGCGCCAAAAGGAUGCGAAGCUGGGGUGUGCCACCAUAUGCAACGGUGGCGGCGGCGCCUCCGCGGUUGUCAUUGAACGCCUGGACUAA